CCCCUUUCUGCAGGUUGAAUCUGCUUUUAAUUCAAAGUCAAGUUUUAAAGGAGUCACAUCUCCGAACAGAGGAGCGGAAAACACACACUCUUGCAGCCGAAAAACAGCUCCUAUUCUCGGAUACAGACCCCCCAGAGGAGCCCGGUCCCGGAGGAAUCCCCGGUUAUAUGUGCCAUGUUUUUCUAACGGAUGACUUGAUGCAGCUGCAAGAUGAACGGAUACGAAACUCCGCCUCUCGCCUCGGGGAUCUUCGGGUCCUACGGCUCACCCACCAAUGGCCAUGGCUCUCAGUCUCCGGAGCCUCUUCAUCAAAAAGCCAAGUCCGGUGCCAAAGCUCUCUACGAACAAAGAAAGCAUGUCACCAAAACCAGCAUCAACAGUCUGACGGACACCUCGCAGUACCAGGUGGAGCACCUGUCCUCCUUCAUCGUUGACCGUAAAGACGGGCUUCUCUCGGUGGAGGACGGCGUUCGGAGGCUGCGUCUCCUCGAGGCCAAAGGGAAGGUUUGGACUCAGGAGAUGAUUCUUCAGGUGGAGGAGAGGAGCGUCCGCCUGCUGGACCUGGACACUCAGAAGGACCUGGAGUACUUCCCGGUGUCCUCCCUGCUGCAGGUUCAGGCCGUGAUGAACUCCUGCAGCUUCGACUCUCUGCUGGCUCUCGUGGUGCGAGAGACGGGGCAGAGCAAACCAGACCUGCACCUGUUCCAGUGCGACCACAUCAAGGCGAACCUGAUCCAGGCCGACAUCGAGAGCGCCGUGACGGACGCUAAAGGAGGGAAAGAGAGGAGGAGACCAGAGGCUCUACGGAUGAUCCUGAAGAGUGACGGGGUGAUCCCGCCCCCUCCUGCUAACCCCGCCCCCGAGCCCCCCUCCUCAACCAAUCAGGUGGACGUAAAGAGCCGAGCAGCCGCCUGGUCGGCCUGGACCAAUGAGCAGCAAGACUGUGAGAAGCAGCGCCACAUCUACGAGGAGGACGAGGGGGGGGACACGUCUGCAGCCAGAGUGGACCGGGACGUGCAAAUCCUGAACCACAUCCUGGACGACGUGGAGUUCUUCGUGAUGAAACUGCAGAAAUCUACGGAGGCUUUCGGCGAACUCUCAAAGAGGAAGAAGAACAAGAAGGGCAAGAAGAAGGGCCCGGGGGAGGGCGUGCUGACCCUCAGGUCCAAGCCUCCGUCAGAGGAAGAGUUCGUCGACUGUCUGCAGAAAUUCAAGCAGGCCUUCAAUCAGCUGGGGAAGCUGAGGGAUCACAUCCAGAACCCGAGUGCUGAAGACUUGCUGCACUUCCUGUUCUCUCCCCUCCGGAUGGUGGUACAGUCCGCGGGGGGCAGCGAUCUCCCCCGCUCUGUUUUGGUUCCUCUCCUCUCCAGAGACGCUGUGGACUUUCUCCACUCAGCAGGGAGUCCAGAGGAGAGACACCUGUGGGUGACUCUUGGGGAGGGCUGGACCAAGAGCAGGUUGGAGUGGCCGAAGGAACAUUAUUUCCCGCCCUUCGUCCUGACCUUCAGGGACGGCUGGGAGCCGCCGCUGCUGCCGACAGCCAAUCAGCAGAGAGAACAGGAAACGCUGAGUCAGCAUCAGAGAGAGACAGAAAUGCUGAGUCAUCAGAGAGAGACGGACAUGCUGAGUCAUCAGAGAGAGACGGACAUGCUGAGUCAUCAGAGAGAGACAGAAAUGCUGAGUCAUCAGAGAGAGACAGAAAUGCUGAGUCAUCAGAGAGAGACAGAAAUGCUGAGUCAUCAGAGAGAGACGCUGAGUCAUCAGAGAGAGACGCUGAGUCAAGAGGAGCUGAGGAACCGACUGGAGCAGUCGGCGGUGCAGCGUUUUCCGCCCGACGACCGGUACGCCUCUUCCUCCUCCUCCUCUUCCUCCUACAAACGUUUGCAGAUCCUGGAUCAGGACUCGGCCGUGGCGGCCAUUAGAGACGCCGUGACCCGCCGAGUCGACCGGAGUCUUGACGGCGACAGCAGCCUCACGCCGAAGCCGUUCGCCAAAUCAAAAUACGACUUUGUGGCGAGAAACAGCACGGAGCUGUCGGUCCUAAAAGACGAGGUCGUGGAGGUGCUGGAUGACAGGAAGCAGUGGUGGAAGGUUCGUAACGGCGCUGGUUUGUCGGGCUACGUACCGAAUAACAUCCUGGAGAUCACGAGAGCCGUGGAUAUCAGAGGAGAGCCCAUCUACAGCCAUACUAUACAGCAAUUACUGGGAGAGUUGAACGAGAAACAGACGUCCAGGAGUGACUUCCUGCCCAGUAACCCUGCCGUAGUGACCCCUGCCCCCCCCACUCCUCCCCCUCCGACGCCCCCCCCGCACCGGUUCGACUCCCGACCCCCCCGCUGCCUCCCCCGCCUGCCCCAGCCGCCCGUCACCCGGCGAGACAGCUCAGCGUCCAAUGAGAACCAGGGACACGCCCCCGCCAGCCGCAGGAGGUCCAACAUGGAGGAUGUUCAGGACGAGCUGAUGCACAGACUGACGUUGGGUCGCAGCGCUCAGAAGAAGAUGCAGGUCUCCUCCUCUUCAUCACAAGGAGCAGCGAUAACCUCCUCCUCUUCAUCACAAGGAGCAGCGAUAACCUCCUCCUCUUCAUCACGAGGAGCAGCGAUAACCUCCUCCUCUUCAUCACGAGGAGCAGCGAUAACCUCCUCCUCUUCAUCACGAGGAGCAGCGAUAACCUCCUCCUCUUCAUCACGAGGAGCAGCGAUAACCUCCUCCUCUUCAUCACGAGGAGCAGUAAACUCUUCUUGCAGCGUUGGAUACGACUCGAGUCCAGAGAGCGUCAGAGAGUGGCUGCAGAGCAAGGGCUUCAGUCCUGUGACCAUCACCAGUCUGGGCGUGCUGACGGGGGCUCAGCUGUUCUCUCUGAACAAAGAGGAGCUGAGGACGGUUUGUCCUGAUGACGGAGCGAGGGUCUUCAGUCAGGUGACCGUGCAGAAGGCAGCGCUGGAGAGGGGUUCAGGCUCUGAGCUUCAGGAGAUCAUGAGGCGGCGUCAGGAGAAGCUCGCAGCGAUCACUUGUGACUCAGGGGUCGAGUCUUUUGAUGAAGGAAGCAAUCACUGAUCUACGUCUUCCCUACGUCUUCCCUACUUCCUCCCUACUUCCUCCCUACUUCCUCCCUACUUCCUCCUCUCUUCCUCUUCAGACGGCGGAAGACUACGCCCAGUUUCUGGAGAUAAUGCGGCGUCGUCAGGAACUCCUCAGCUCGUCUCCGUAGGAAACACGUAUUUAAACACGUAUUUAAACACGUAUUUAAACACGUAUUCAAACACGUAUUCAAAGGGGAAAUAUUCUGCCACGUUUUGCCUGAAGUUCGCUGAACUCUUCCGGGACCUUUCUGGGUGUUUUUGUGAAAUGAAACCAAGCUGCUCUUCCUCCAAAGCCUCUCAGUAUUAACAGAGCCUCUGAUUUUAACCAUUCAAGAUAAACCCAAAAAAACACAGUUAUUAUUUAUUCGUUUUCUUAUUGGUUUAAAAUCCUCAAAGACCAGAAAAAACAUCAGUUUCAUGUCAAAAGAAAACCUUCAAGUGAAUGAUUUGCUUCAGUUGUUUAACCCUAUCAGUGCCGUGCGUACCGGGGGUCCAUACAUCAUAGAAAAUAAGAAGUAUGUGCACGACAUUAAAUAAAGAACACUUUGAGUCUUUGAGGAUUCAGAAACACCUUUAGACUCAAAGUGAAUAAACCCAGGUGAUGUUAGACUUCAUAUCAUGAUCAUAUAGAGGCUCAAACUGCAGCUUGUAUUCAGAAACUUCUUGAUGGUAUUUAAAGAAAUUAAAGUUAAUUAUAAUCUAGAAAACUCCGAUUGAAUUCGCCAAGAGAUGAUGGUGUUAAUAUAAUGCUUUUUCUUCUUGAAUGCACAGACGUUCUGAUGAGUGAUGGACGUAGAGUUAGUGAUGAUAGUGAUGUUAGUGAUGUUAGUGAUGUUAGUGUUGGCCAUCAGCAUUUUUGCACAAUAGAUAUUAAAUGUUUCUGAAGGGAAGAAUCAAACCCGGGACAUUAAGAUUUUGUUUUAUAUAUAUUUAGGCGGAAAUAUCUGUCAAAGCUUUUUGUUAAAAAUGUGUCCGAACACUGAAAUGAAUGUAGUCUGCUUUAAAACUAUGUGUUAUGAAGUCAUGAUGCUGCUGUUAUUACUCAGAACAUACGUGUGUUUCCUAGGUUACGGACGUUCUCAAAUAGUUGAUUCUCUCUCCCUCUUCCAGUGCUAUGUUGCUGUAAGACGCAGCCAGGUUUCAAUCAAACACAUGUUCUUGACAUUUGACUUUUAAUGACAAUUCUGGCAGAAAAGUUUGAAUUUUGAGAAUUCAGAUUUAUUUUCUCAAAAUUCAGACUUUUUUUUCGCAGCAUUUUCAUAAAAAAAGUCAGAUUUGUGAAUGUUUCUUCAGAGCAGCAGAGUGCUGAGUACGACAUAUUUAAAUCUAAAGUCUCUUAGUUUAACGCUUCGUCCUUUUUACAUUUUAUUUAACAAAUAUUUGAGAAUUUACAAUGAACUGAACGUCACCGACGUAAAGUUUGUUAAAUGUAAAAAAAGGAAAAUCAGCACAAAUAGUUUCGAAUAACACACGACUGUUAUUUUGAUCAUCACAUUAUCCUCUAGCUGGAGACGUUAUAAAAUGUUCUUGAUGUACAAAUACUCACUGUGACAUCGACUGAUUGUACUGAAUUAAUUUAGCACUUUUAGCUAUAAAAGUGUGCGGAUGUGUGAAGUAAAGGUUGUAGUAGCUCAGCUGUGUAAUAAUCACAUGACAUUAAAUCUGAGUAUUUGUUAAUGAACGCAGCGUAAAGUUUGUAUUUAGUGAAAUGUUCUAGAAGCCAAUCAGAAAUAAUUCACUACAAAAUGUAUUUGUACGUGUUUAGUUUUCAUGGUGCCUUUUCCAUAUAAAUCUGCUCAUUCUGCAAUAAAACAUUUAUGAAAAGCC